GACCCUGUUCGUGCUGCCAGUACCGACCACCAUGAGCACCGUCGGGCUCGAAACGGACUGCAUGUGCACCUUUUCGAAAGCUGAGAUCUUUGCCCUGUCGCUGUCGCAGAUCUCUGUACGAAUGCGCUUUAUUCCUUUUAUCCUCCUUACCACCUCGAGCCAAGUGUCACAGCAGAAGUCGGACCUGCAGGAGCUGCUCCAUGCGACCCGAUUGGGCGACGAGAGAAUGGUGCCCCUCAGAUAAUCCGCAUGUGACUCACGAUCUCGAUACUUUAAAUUAUCUCUUCGCUUCGAAUCAUCCAUCAUUCAUUCCAUCGGGGCCGACAUGCUGGGCGCUGUGCGUGUGAUCGGUCGCACUCUUGGGGAUGCCUGGAUCGGUACUUGCUGCAGGCGAUUCCUGACUUGAAAUCCGAGGAGUGAUGAAUUUUGACGAGAAUCGGGGAAUGAGAGGAUAGGCUGCUUCAAUCCCGGCCAUCGAGCUCAUCAUCAAGUUGAGCAAUGGCGAGCAGGUCCAGCACUCUGUUUCUCGUGGUCUUCCUCUGCGGGCUCCUCGUCGCCUCUUCUUCCCUCGUGCGAGCGUUCACUCCCAGCAAAGGCUACAACCUGAUUUCAGUCGCCGAUCUUCCAGAUAAAUCAGGAAUUCAAGCUUUUCUUAGUCCGAUUGCUGCUGGCGAUGACUACGGCACUGACAUCGCGUACCUUGAGGUGACCGCCAGGUCCGAAACAGACGACAGAAUCCGAGUGCGCAUCACAGACGCGAACAACUCUCGGUGGGAGGUGCCACAAGCUUUGAUUUCAAGACCAAGCGAAACGGAAGCUCUGCCCUCGGCAUCGUCGUCGGCCGGUAAGCUGAAAUUCUCCUACACCUCCAGCCCAUUCGGGUUCGCCAUCUCUCGAGCGUCCACAGGCGAAGUUCUAUUCAAUUCGACUCCGAGCUCAGAGAGCUCGGCGUUCAGACCGCUCGUGUUCAAAGAUCAGUACCUGGAAAUCUCCACGGCGCUUGCUCCAAAUUCUGCGCUCUAUGGAUUGGGCGAGAGCACGAGGCCCGAUGGCCUGCGUCUCAGUGCGGGCCGAACCUACACUUUGUGGGCUGCGGACAUCGGCUCGUUCAAUGUCGACAUCAAUUUGUAUGGAGCUUAUCCUUACUACGUCGAAGUCCGAGAUGGAGGAGCGACGCACUCGGUGCUGCUGAUGAACAGCAAUGGCAUGGACGUCACUUACGCAGGAGAGUUCUUGACUUACAAGGCGAUCGGUGGCAUUCUCGAUUUCUACUUCUUCGCUGGCCCCUCGCCAUCUUCUGUCAUCGAUCAGUACACUCAGCUCGUUGGCAGACCUGCUGCCAUGCCCUAUUGGUCUCUAGGAUUCCAUCAAUGCAAAUGGGGUUACAAGGAUUUGGAGACAUUAGAGAGCGUCGUCGACAAAUACAGAGCAGCUGAAAUUCCACUCGACACAAUAUGGUCCGACAUCGAUUACAUGGAAGCCUAUAGAGUCUUCACUCUGGACCCGAUCAACUUUCCUCGGGACAAGAUGCAGCCAUUUCUGAAGAAGGUGCACGACGCCGGUCAGCAUUAUGUUAUGAUCGUCGAUCCCGGAGUGGCGGUGGUGCAAAAUUACAGCGUAUUGAGCAACGGAUUGACGAAGGACAUAUUCAUCAAGGACUCAGAUGGAAGCAGUUUCCUGGGCCAGGUGUGGCCAGGGCCUGUCUACUUCCCGGACUUUCUCCAUCCAGAAAUUCAGAACUACUGGUCGACAGAAAUUGCAGAAUUCUACAAGCAAGUGGAAUUCGACGGAAUGUGGAUCGACAUGAACGAGGCCGCCAGCUUCUGCACGGGAUCCCUCUGCUCGAUCGGCACGAAACCUCUGGGCAACGACAUCAAUUCCAUCACCACGUGCUACUUGAAUUGCAGCGCAUCGACGGGCUCGAGGUGGGAGGAUCCGCCGUACAAGAUCAACAACACGAACGGGAUGAAUCCGCUGAGCUCGAAGACGAUCGCAGUGAAUGCCAGGCACGCCGGGGGAGAGCUCGAGUACGACCUCCACAACAUGUACGGGUUCUCGGAAUCCAUCAUCACCUACAAAGCGCUGCGAGAGUUGAACGACAAGCGGCCCUUCGUGCUGUCGCGAUCGACCUUCGUCGGCACGGGCAAGUACGCCGCGCACUGGACGGGCGACAACGCCGCGACAUGGAACGAUCUCGCCUUCUCCGUCGUCAGUGUCCUCAAUUCGGGCUUGUUCGGAGUUCCCAUGGUGGGAGCCGACAUCUGCGGCUUCAAUGGCAACACCACCGAGGAGCUCUGCGCUCGCUGGAUCGAGCUCGGUGCUUUCUACCCAUUCGCUCGCAAUCACGCCGACAUUCGAGCUCCGUUUCAUGAGCUCUAUGUCUGGGACUCGGUCGCCGCCAUCUCCAGGACUGUGCUCGGCCUUCGGUACCGCCUUCUUCCAUACUUUUACACUCUCGUGCACGAGGCGCACACGACUGGAGCUCCCAUAGCUCGGCCCCUCUUCUACGAGUACCCAUCGGACCCCAACACUCUGAGCAUCAAUUCGCAAUUCCUUCUCGGCCGAGGAAUUCUCGUAUCGCCUGUUCUGAUCGAGAAUGCCACUUCUGUCGAGGCUUAUUUCCCUGCAGGGACAUGGUACGACCUGUUUGAUUUCUCGCGCAUCGAAGGUGCGGGUGCCAAUCAGACUCUGCAAGCUCCUCUCGAUACGAUUCGUGUUCAUCUCGCGCAGGGAUCGAUCGUCCCGAUGCAGGACGCGGCCCUCACGACGAAGGCAGCGCGCAUGUCCAAUUUCACUCUGGUCGUUGCGUUCGGCGAUGGAUCCGAUCAGAGUCAGGCUUACGGCGAGCUGUUCGUCGACGAUGGUGUUCGGGUGGAGAUGAAAUUGGAGCCCGGAUCGUCCACCUUAAUUCGAUUCCAGGCGUCGAAGUCCGGUGCGCAGGGAUCGGUGGAAUCGGAAGUCGAGUGCGGAGAAUUCGCGUUGAAGUAUGCUCAGCCGGCGUGGAGUGUGCACACCAUCAUUCUUCUCGGUCUCAGCUCUCCGCCCUCGUCGUCCGCCAUGUCCAUAAACAACCAGCCUGCGCCUUCUUCGGUCCAAAUCUCCGACGAUGGAUCGAGCGUGCAUCUGUCCAAUCUCGACCUUCUUCUGGGUGAAAAUUUCUCCAUCACGUGGUAGGAUGUGCAGACUGUCUGCUUCGGUUUGACAAGCAGCAGACUUGUACCUUUAGAAUCGACGAAUCAUCGAGCACGAGGUCCUGUGAAUAAAUUAAGAUUCACUCUUCCAGUGGCCCAACUUUCAGCUCACUCUGAGUCGGCCCCGUCCAUUCUCGAGCUCCCGCAUUCUCGUCCCUGCAAUCGCCAUCUCUGAAUCUCUUGUCUACUAUGUUUUUGGAGUCUCGUGACAUCCCCAAUUGCAAGAUGACGGGAAUCAAUUCUUCCAACAAAUAUGUGUCACAUUGGUUGCAAAUGAGACACUACUAGCGUACAACUCCCACAGCAUUUAUCUACCUUUAGAGGUCUCUCAAUUUCCUCCAAUUGCGAUGACUUGAACUGUUCCACCAUCUCUGCCUGUAAAUAAAUUGGACAGGACAAAAGCUCGAACAAUGUGGGCUGCGGAAGAUUCAGAAUCCGGAUCGAUCAAAGAUUUCUCAAACAAGAUGAUGAGAAACCAUACAGGUUCAUGGUCGAUGACUCAAUCUUCACAAAAUCUCUAUCAAAAAUACUGCACUGCACACCUCUCCAGUCUCGAGAACUUUCAUACUGAGACUGCAGAUAUUCGCUCGUUAAUUUCGUUGUUAGGAUUGCAUCGAUCUCUGGUUAUAGUAUUCGCAGCUGCUUGGCAAGGUAAAAGCUGAAAGCGGCUCAUCGAUUGAGAAUGUCUUCCCAUCAAGAGCCUGUGCAUGGGGAACAAUUUCCUGUAGAUGCAACACACAAAGUGAAGAGUUUAAGGAAUUUGCUGUCCUUGUUCAUUCUGCGGGUCCUGAACCCUGUCAGCGAGAUCCCAUAUUCGUGGCACAUUUGUAGUCCCAGCAUGCUACAAACAGUGCGUGACAAGAGGCGGAAAAUAUCCUCAAGAUAAUCACAUCUUUCGAGAUUGUUGCUCGUCACUAAAGUCAGCACCUCUUUCAUGUUG